AUGGCCGGGCAAUCGAGGAAGUGGAUGAUACUGGUGGCCACGAUAUGGAUUCAGGCGUUCACGGGAACGAAUUUCGAUUUCUCGGCCUACUCCUCGCAAUUGAAAUCAGUGCUGGGGAUCUCGCAGGUCCAAUUGAAUUACCUCGCCGUGGCGUCCGAUUUGGGGAAGGUUUUCGGCUGGUCGUCUGGCCUGGCUCUGAUGUACUUCCCGCUGUGGACGGUCCUGUUCUCGGCUGCGUUCAUGGGGCUUUUCGGCUACGGGAUGCAGUGGCUUGUGAUUCGGAAUGUCAUCUCUCUGCCUUACAUUCUGGUAUUCAUUCUCUGCCUGCUGGCAGGAUGCAGCAUAUGUUGGUUCAACACGGUAUGCUUCGUUCUCUGCAUCCAAAACUUCCCAUCUAACCGAGCCUUGGCUCUAUCCCUCACAGUAAGCUUCAACGGGGUAAGUGCAGCCCUCUACACCCUUGCUGCCAAUGCCAUAGAUUCAUCAUCAAACGAGGUCUAUCUUCUCUUAAACUCCCUUUUCCCCCUCAUCACCUCCAUCGUAGCAUUAGUCCCCAUUCUCCGCCAGCCAACUCUAGAUCCCCUGCCUCCUGACGGUGUCCGCCGUGACUCAGUCGUAUUCCUCAUCCUCUACUCUUUAGCCAUCCUCAACGGCAUUUACCUUCUCCUCUUCGGCUCAAACACAAAUGACACAACAGUAGCUCACCUACGAUUCGCCGGAGCCAUAUUCCUCCUCGUCCUUCCACUCUGCAUCCCUGGAAUCGUCUUCGCCAGGCAGUGGUUUCACCAUGCAAUCAAUUCCAGCUUCCAGAUCCCUGAAGGUUCCGCCUUCAUGCUUGUCGAAGUCGAUGACCUUGAACUUCACAAGGAGCUUCUCUCCCGGGACACCAGUAACAAUAAUGGAGAUGGGGAUUUCACCUGGAACGAUUCAACCCUCGUCCUGAAAAGUAUCGAUGAUGAUGAGAUCGAUAUUGAUCGAAAGGGAAAAUUCUGUGAAGGUGUGGUUGGGAGAGAUAAGUUGGCUAUGCUGGGGGAAGAGCACACGGCUUGGCUGCUCGUGAGAAGGUUGGAUUUCUGGCUCUACUUUCUUGCCUAUUUCUGUGGAGGAACGAUUGGACUUGUGUACAGCAACAAUCUUGGCCAAAUUGCGCAGUCCCUUGGGCAGGACUCUUCGACCACAUCUCUCGUCACUGUGUACUCGUCCUUCUCGUUCUUCGGCCGCCUGCUUUCUGCUGCACCAGACUUCAUACGCACGAAGGUCUACUUUGCGAGGACAGCGUGGCUGACAAUCGCCCUUCUGCCAACGCCACUUGCUUUCUUCCUGCUCGCUGCGUCAGGUGACAAGGUGGGGCUGUACAUGGCCACUGGACUACUGGGAUUGAGCUCUGGUUUCAUCUUCGCCGCGGCCGUGUCCAUAACUUCGGAGCUCUUCGGUCCCAACAGUGUGAGCGUGAAUCACAACAUUCUUAUAACAAACAUCCCCAUUGGCUCGCUCAUCUACGGCUUCCUCGCCGCCGUUGUCUACGACGCCAAUGCAAGGUCUGGGAACAUGGUAAGCUCGGACUCCAUUGUGUGCAUGGGGAAGGACUGUUAUUUCCUGACAUUCGUGUGGUGGGGAUGCCUGGCGAUUAUUGGGUUGGGUUCUAGUAUGCUGCUCUUCUUGAGGACUAAACACGCUUAUGACCAAUUUGAGAAGAAACGUGCUUUGACGCAGGUUGAUUAG